CUCGGGUAAGUACCUAGGUACCUGGCCUAGUUAGGUACCUAGGUACCUACUCAAGUAACUUUACAUGUAAAGAGACGUCGGGCUGGUCCGUGACUAUUAUGACAGUGGAAAUUCAAUGUCCAAGGGAAGGCACUCACUACAUGGGGCCGCUUCCUUCCAGCCUCCCAGGCGCAUCUGUGGGCCUCAGACGUCUUCGUCCCAAGACAAUCUUCCAAGGUUGUCUGCCUUCCAGCACCAAGCCCUGUGCCCGUUGGACCGCCGUGGAAAACCAACUCGAUCUCUGAGCCCAGUGGGAAAGCCAGGUGCCUGCAGUCUGGUCGACCUCCCUGGGUAGCCUCGACUUUUCCAACACUCACUCACUCCUACUGGACUUUCCAAGUGCGCUGCUUGUUUACUCUCGCUCCCCCAUCCCUCCAAGCAUCCGUUCGUUACCCAGGUUUCGCCUGCGCGCCUUGGAGGCUUCUUGGUUGCAAGCGCCUCGUCACGCCAGCCGCUUACUUCUACCAGAUAUCACCUGGAUAACGACAGCAUCACUCACCCUUCGUUGGCCCAUCCCAUUGACCACGCCUGCCCGAGCUUUCACUUCUUGGGUCGACUAUGCCUUUGCGCUAUCACCCAUUCUUCCACUGAGUCGGGGUUUCCCUGCACAAUCUUCAAUGGUGUUUGGGCACUGGCUGUCAUACCGCGACCAUGUCGUCCAGUAGCAGAAGGUGGAAGAAAGCAUUGCUUCCCACUCUUGGGAGCCGCCGCAAAGGUCGUGAACCUACCAUCCGCCUCCCUACUUCGAGAACAGUGUCCGAUAUCAACAUCGACGUCGCAGUUACAAUGAUGGGCCACAACAAAGGACCCUCCACUACCUCUGCGAGCGACGAGGUUGAUGAGAGAGUUGUCAGUGCUUUGUUAGAGACCACCAGCGAGGCCGACGCCGAGAACCAACCUGUCGUCGCCAGUAAGAAUAGAGCAGUCACUCAGAGUCAGACCGAGGGCGUCAUGCCGUGUACUGAGGAUUCAAGUACCGCCGAUUCGCCCACCAGGAUUCACCUCAAGGUUACCAAGCUUUCCACCCCACCUCGCAGGUCAUCGAGGCGCAAUCCUCAGCCCGUCGCCCGCGAUUUUUCCAGAGCGUCGCCAAAGCGAAGUGCAGAUGGACUUGUGCGACCUUUACCCAAGCUCCGGUCAUCAAGCCAUCUUGGCCGCGAGACUCUCCAAGUCAUGAAAUCGCCCCCGAUGUCUUCAAGUAAGCAGCAGGCCAACCGCAGCGGAAGAGACACGAUUCGAACGAAUGGAAGCCACUUGGACAAGGCCAAUAGUCCCCUGGCACCUGCUUUUGCUGAGAGAGAAGACCUAGUUCGAAGCGCCACAGAUGCGACUGGGCUUGCCACCUUCCCAAAAAUAUCUCGUCUCAGAAAGAACAAGGUCUUUGCCAAAUUUGCAACUGCCAUUUCGGAUCAUUUCGGUAAACAAGAGAACCGAAAGGAUGCUGGGAAUGGCGUAAAAGAAUCGAAUUCUGUGGUCAGCAACGAGGCCAUCAGGCCCAUCUUGCACGGUCCGCCAUUGGAUACACUGACACUUGCUCAGCUGCCUCUGACCGACAUCGAAGCGACUUCCACAUCCGCCGAUCGCAUUUCAGACGAAUUCUGCAGUCGGGAACAUCGCCGAGGCAGCGUGCCUGUGGCAAGAGCCCCGGCGGCGCUUUCGAUCCCUCAAAAGCGGCUAACAAUGGUUGAGGGCAGUCCGCCCUUGGAAGACCCCUUUUCAGAGGAAUCUCCUCGACGACAGUCGACCGAAUUUCAAGCUCGCUUGAGGACAGUACAAGCCUUCGGCGCUCCUGGCGGAACUGGGCCCAUCACGUCGCUGAGCGACCCGUUCUUGACCGAGGCAAUCAUGGACACCAGCAACAACUCCAUCCUGAAGACCCCUCCAAUCGGUAGUUCCACGCCUAGAAACCAAGCACGGGAUCAGAUUUCUGCCCGAGCGCCUAGCAAAAGCGCCCAAACUGUCCCAGGAACUAUCUUUGAAACGGCCGUGGCCCAUCGCGAUUCGCGAGGCACAAGCAUUUCCAGGUUUGCUGCCACACGCGACAGCCCAACCAAGAUGAGCAAUUCGCCUGAGCGUGCUCAGAGGGACAUGAGCAAUUGCUCUCCCUCAAAGACUCGUGGAAGUUCUGAUUCGACUCGGUUGAGCUCAUUUCCGCCUGGAUCUACCAUUCGACACGUGCCGCGUUCGAUGGGUCGCCUGCAUGGACUGCCGGAUUUGGCAGCCUCAGCGGCUCGGCGAAAGUCCCCCAAGGUCGGACGCAAGAAGCACCCAUCACCCAGCAAGCGAGAUCUCGACCUUUAUGGAAAGUUCAUGGAAGAGAGCGUUAGCCUUGGCGUGUUUAAGGACACGGAUGAGUUGGCCAUGAGCUUCAAUUCCUGCACGGUGACGAACAGCCCGGCUCUGACGCCUCGCGAUAAGAACAGCCUGAUCCGGGGCUCAAAUGACAGGUAUUGUGAUUCGGGUAAGAGUUUCAGCCCGAAAGGACCCGUCGCUGGCUUCGGAAAUAAAUCUCGCAGCCGCAUUCCACAACCAGUGGGCCAAAGUGCUCGUUCCCGCACAGAAACGGCUCUUGCUCGGGACUUUGCACCUGUCAACCACGGCGACUCGACCGCGAAAGAUGAGUUACAGUGGGACUCAUCAGCAUACAUCGUAGGGCGCGGACGUGAGAGUCGUUGCCAACGUUGCGGAAGCACUUCAGAGGCACUGUGA